AUGGCCGAAUACUGGAAAUCUGCGUGCAAGAUCUUCAUUCGCGACACGGCUUUCGAAAAGACCCAACACGAAGCCAGCCCCAAACAUCAAGGUAGCCUAAGACGCUUUCUCAAUCAAAUCCACAAGGACAAUGAGCAGCAACAACGAGAUUCACAGCGCGCAAAAAGCGAAGUUGAGCGAUUACGACAGGCCAUCAGCGGCGGGUCUGCGACAGAUAAGGGCGGCGAGGCACCGCCCCCGAAACGAAAUGCGCCGCCAGCCGCAAAGCCCACACAAAGGCCUGCCAGUUUAGAAGAGAGAAAGAAGCAGAUUGCACAGCUUGCCGAAAUGGGAGUCGCUAUUCCCCAGGAAUUUCGAGCUGAGAUGGCAUUAGCAGGAGAGUGGCAGACUACUUCCGAGACAAGGAUAGAGCCCCAGCAGGGACUGGAAGGCCCCACAAAAUCGGUUGGAGUGCGCAAGCGCAAGCUUGAAGGCGAGGAUGAGGAGGACGAACAUGCGUCCGAACCGGUCGUGAACAAAGGUUGGGGCUCGAGAAUGAAGCAAUACCCCGGCGCACAAGACGACGGGGAUUUGGAUGACCUGCUUGCAUCUACCAAAGAAAUCAAAAAGACAAAGACAUUCACACCCAAGGCUGAGCUUGUUGAAAAGGAGACCAAUCCCGCGGCACCCACCAGUUCCGCCAAGAAACAAGAUACGCCCGCCAAAGUAGAGUCUCAAGAUACAGACGAAUCAACUGUGGUCAAGACAGAAGAGUCAACCCCAUCAGAGCCAGUGACAGAAGAGAAGCCCCAGAGCGAAGAUGCCGCACCCGGUGUUGUCUUCAAGAAGCGAAAGCCGAAAACCAUGCGGAAAUGA